CCUGAGAGCACAUCAGUGAAAAUGUCUAGGAAUGGGUUUGAUUAUAGAUAAUCCAGAACAUUCUUAGGAUUUAUACUCUAUUUGGUUUUCCUAAAAGUAUCCUUGAUUUAACAGAUUCCUUUAAUUACUUUUCUUUUUUUCGUCAGGUUUAUCUUGUACUUGGAGCGCCACCUGGAGCAGUGUUGUUGCUAACUUUCAGCAGAAACGUAAACACGACCACCUGUUAAGUGGUAGAUUUCAUCGCUGAAGUACUCAGGCCUUUCUCCUAGAGAAUACUCAAAGCAUUUAAGGUGUCAAAAAAGUAAAUGCAGGCAACAGUGUUGUGUUUUACACGCCGGAUGUAGGUUGCUAAUGCAAUCCAAUUUCCAAACCAAGAUGCAGCAACAAGUGUAGAUGGGCACAGAGCGUUAAAAGUCAUAUCUUACAUAGUCAGUUCGUAUACAGUAUGGUAUGUUAAAUAAACGACAGAAUGGCUUUAACAGGACACAUUGACAUUGAUGUUGUGGAUGAAGAUGCCUAUUUGCGAGAUCUCAUACAGGCUGUGGACUACAAAAACCUGAAGAGAGUUCAGUUUUUGAUGCCAAGCAUCAAGGAACAAAUUAAAGAAGUAUUCACAGAGGAUGAUGGUGUGGGUCACUACUUUCAAAUAGCCACAGAAGACACCUCUCGCUAUGCCUGGGUAUUAGGAGAGGCUUUACGUAGAGCAAGCCAGCAGGGCACAGGAGAUAUCGUGGAAUUCUUGCUGGACAGUGGAGCAGAUAUUAAUUCAAAAAAUGAUGAAGGGUUUACUGCGCUCAUGAAAGCCAGUGAGAGAGGCCAGUUAGAUGUAGUACAGAUAUUGCUGAGAAGAGGGGCUGAUGUUAACUUAACAAACAAGGUUGGUUCCAGUGCUCUCCAAUGGAUAUCACGUAUUCCAGAAAGAUGGCCUGUUGUGAAGAUGUUGCUUGAACAUAAGGAGACAGAUGUCAAUCUUGCUGCACAUAAGCUAGGUAAGACUGCUUUGCAUUGUGCAGCAGAGAUGGACACACUGGGGAAAACUUUGAGACUACUACUGGAUUACAAUGCAGACCAAAAUGCGAAAGCCAAGGAUGGCCGUACAGCUCUCCAUUUUGCAGCAGAAAGAGGACACCAUAGGAACAUUGUCACAUUAAUACAUUAUGGAGCACAUCCACAUGUGAGGGAAAAUCAGUUGGGUUCCACCCCUAUGCACCUAGCUGCACAGAAUGGAGAAGUCAGAGUUGUUGAGGAGUUAUUACUUGGAGGUGCUGAUCCUACUAUCAAGGAUAGGUUUGGUAGAACAGCCAAAGAUAGAGUGGUAAAUUAUUCUAAGAUUAUCAAAGAAAAGAAAUUGUACUUUGAUGAGUUGAUGAGGAUUUUUGAAAGUCAGGCACUGAUGAUUCAUUGUCUAGAGAACCAAAAAUUCCAACAAGUAAUACAUGAUGUGUGUGAACUCAUUCCUGAUAGACAUUGGAUUCAUUUAUGCACAGACUUAUUUCAAGACCAAGAAACUGCUGAGAAAGUCAAUAAACAAGUCAAGGACAAAAUUUUAGAUGGCGGACUGCCCAUUAUUGCUUAUAAUGUUCUGAAGGAGUGGACAAAGCAGUGUCCACUUUGGGCCACUUAUUGGGUGUUUGACCGUGCACUCAGGGACAACAAUUUAGAUUAUAUUGCUGAUAACAUGGUUGAGCAGUUUUGCUACCCCGUGACCCAAAGAAAUAAAAAGGUUUUGCCAAAGCCAUGGCUGUGAUUUUACAGAAAAUGGACCUUUUUUUAUCAAAGUUUUAGUUUGAAAGUGUUAAAGCAAAGAUAUUAAAAUCAAACAUGACCAUAAAAUGUGACAUUAGGAUUGUGCAGCUUAAUGGAUUUCAGACGUUACGGUUCAUUUUGAUACUAGUUGUAAUAUGCUACAUGUACUUUCCUUAAUAUCUUUACAAUUAAAAUGAAUAAUAAAAAGCCUAUUUAUUUUUAAUAAGAUGCAUGGAUUUUUUUUAUCAUGUUCAACUAUAUUAUAUGAUUCGUAAAGUUUUCAUUUCUGUGGGUAUUUAAGAGUGUCAUACUGGUAUUUUCCUCUUUGAAAGUUGUUUUCAUUUUACUUUUAUAAAGGGGGCAUUAGACAAUUAUCAAAUGUAUGAAAUGUAUUUUUCUAAUCAAGCUACCAAGAUUGUGUGCAUUUAACUUUUUGAAGGAGUAAGAAGUUAGUAGCAUUACAAAAUGUAUUAUA